GGCGCGAUGGUGGGGCGGCUCAGCUUGCAGGAGGUGCCGGAGCUGCCCGACGCCAAGCGGCGCGCCGAGCGCUCCCUCGACAGCCCCGACUCCGGCCUGCCGCCCAGCCCCAGCCCCCCAACCUGGCUGCCUGCCGCCUCCAACGGGGGGCUGCUGCCGGAGGAGCCGGCUGGAGGAGGAGCGGCGGACCCCAAGCCCCCCGCGGCCAGGGAGCAGCCACUCCCCAGCGCCCUGCCUCUUAAUGCAUCCUCUCCGAAUCCUCUGCUCCCCGGUUGCCCAUCACGGCUGUGCCUUCUUUCCUUCGGCGAAGGGGUGGAGUUUGACCCUUUACCUCCCAAGGACGUCAGGUACACCUCUUCGGUGAAAUACGACUCGGAGAAGCACUUCAUCAACAACGUCUACAUGCCGAUGGGGCUGGGAAUGGCCUCCUGCAGCCAGACGGUCGUCUGCGUCCCCGACAGCACGUGGCGCAGCUACAAAGCCGAGAUGCGCUUCCAGCCCCGCCCCAAGCCCCGGCACUUCACCAGCACCGCCAUCAUCUACCCCAAGCACACCACGGCGGUGUACACCACCACACUGGAUUACAAUUGCAAGAAGGCCGCGCGGCGUUUUUUGUCCAGCGUGGAGCUGGAGUCCGCCGAGCGCUCCUGCAGCGAUGACGGCCCCGAAGGUUGCUGACUGCUCCCUUUCGCCCACUCAUUCCGUUGCACCGUCCUGGAUGAAAAGGGGUGG